AGGAAGGAAGAGCCAUUCAUUUUGGAAUUGGCUGAGACAAAGGAUAUGAUGGGUCCUUCAGUAGUCCUUCGCAUUUCCUUUCUCCUUGUCUGUCUUCUCUUGCAGAUAGGGAUGCUCUGGGGCCAGCAAGGGAACAGAGAUGUUUAUGUGGUCUACAUGGGAGCUGUUCCAGCUGAUUCCUCUGGGAACAUUUUGAAGGAAAGCCACCUUCAGCUUCUGGCUUCAGUACUGCAAAGGGGACAGCAUGCAGAAAAGACGCUGAUCCGGAGCUAUAGGCAUGGUUUCUCUGGGUUCGCUGCAAGAUUGUCAAAGGAAGAGGCCCUUGCCAUCGGUAGAAAAGCAGGAGUUGUGUCGGUGUUUGUUGAUCCCAUCUACCAACUCCACACCACUCGAUCAUGGGACUUCCUACAGCAAACAAUGGUGGAGACCGACCCGAAUCCAGAUUCAGACCCAGCCUCAUCAACUCAAGCAUCAGACACCAUUAUUGGAAUCCUAGACACAGGAAUUUGGCCAGAAUCAGAGAGCUUCAGUGAUGAAGGCAUGGGUGCAAUUCCAAGCCGAUGGAACGGGACUUGCAUGAAAGGGACCGAUUUCAAUGCAUCCAACUGUAACAAGAAGCUGAUUGGAGCAAGGUACUACAAGGAUGAUGGAGCUGCAGCGACACCGGUCGGCCGAGCCACCUCCGACUCUCCACGAGAUGAACUUGGUCACGGGACGCACACUGCCUCCACGGCAGGCGGGAAUGCGGUCGUGCAGGCUUCCUACUACGGCCUUGCAGCAGGGACAGCCAAGGGAGGGUCCACCGCAGCCAGGAUCGCUAUGUACCGAGUUUGCACAUUUAACGGCUGUUCUGGGUCUGCAAUUCUGGCCGGGUUCGAUGAUGCCAUCGCCGACGGCGUCGACCUGCUCUCCCUGUCGCUGGGGGCCUCAGCGUACUUCCGGCCAGACUUUGAUGAGGACCCGAUUGCCAUCGGAGCAUUCCAUGCCGUGGCGAAGGGGAUUACGGUGGUGUGCUCCGCCGGGAAUGAUGGACCCGACGCCGGUACGGUGGUGAACGCGGCCCCGUGGAUUCUAACAGUUGCUGCCACGACCAUCGAUCGGCGUUUUGAAUCUGAUAUCGUGUUGGGUGGGAGCAACAAGGCAGUCAGCGGUGAGGCAAUAAACUUCUCUAAUUUGGAGAAGUCGCCAGUAUAUCCAUUGAUCUAUGGCGGAUCGGCCAAGUCUAAUUCUAGCUCCAGCGACGUCGAAUCAGCAAGUCGCUGCGAGCUUGGCGCAUUGGAUGGAAGCAAGAUCAAAGGAAAGAUUGUUCUUUGCAAGCACUUCCACAACGAUUCGCCGAAGAUGUCAAAGAUAGAAGGAUUGAACAACUCGGGUGCAGUUGGUGCGAUCUUGAUUGAUGACUUGGGAGUAGCCGUUGCUACCGCUUACGUCUCCUUUCCAGCGACUGAAGUCUCCUCGCAAGCAGCGGAAGAGAUACUCACCUACAUCAACUCCACCAAGAACCCAGUUGCCACAAUCCUUCCAACAAUCACAGUUACGAAAUAUAAGCCAGCACCAAUGGUGGCCUACUUCUCUUCAAGAGGGCCUUCUCCUCAAACUAGUAACAUUCUCAAGCCCGACAUCGCUGCUCCUGGAGUCAACAUCCUUGCAGCAUGGAUACCAAGCGACUCCUCAGAGGUUCCCCAAGGCCAGAAGAGUUCAGCAUUCAAACUUGUCUCCGGGACUUCCAUGGCCUGCCCGCAUGUUUCUGGAAUCGCGGCCACCAUCAAAGCUUGGAAUCCUACUUGGAGUCCAGCCGCUAUCCGGUCAGCAAUCAUGACCACAGCAACUCAGACGAACAACGAUGAGGCUUCACUCACAACUGACUCGGGAUCCACAGCGACGCCAUAUGACUAUGGAGCAGGGGAAGUAAGCCCAACAAGUGCACUGCAACCGGGUCUGGUGUAUGAAGUAGGAACCGAAGAUUACUUGCAGUUUCUGUGCAACUACGGAUACCAGUCAUCAGAAAUCAAACUCAUAACAACCAUUCCGGAUGGAUUUGAGUGCCCAGAGAACUCAAGCAAGGACUUGAUCUCCAAUCUGAAUUACCCGUCGAUCACCAUCUCGAGCUUGAUGGGGAAUGGAAGAAAGAUAGUGGACAGGACGGUCACCAAUGUGGGAGCUGAGGAGGAAACCACGUACGUUGCGAGCAUUCAGUCUCCACCUGGGAUAGACGUGAAGGUGACGCCCAGUAAACUGCAGUUCACGAAGAAUAUCAAGAAACUGAGCUACCAAGUUAUCUUUUCCGCUGUGAACUCUUCAACAAAAGGUGACCUCUUGGGUUCCAUCACUUGGUCAGAUGGAACAUGCAAGGUUAGAAGCCCAUUAGUAGUCAGCAGCAAUUGAGCGAAAUGCUUGGUCUUCCUGCAGAUGUGUAUCAGAUAAUUUACACAAAUGCUGUCGCAAUCAAAAUAAUAUUUUUAAAAAAAUCCACUUCAGUGGGAUAAUGAGACAGAAAGUUCAGAUCUUUUGACCACUAAUACACUAAGGAAUGAUUCAUCCAAUA